AUGGCUUCCAAACCCACAACCAGUUCAUCCUCCGCCACAUCAACCAUCUUCAAGCCCGGAACUUUAGUUGAAAUCAGCAUCAACGAAGUUGGAUUCCUUGGUUCAUGGUUCACGGGAAAGAUUGUCCGUUGUCUCGCAGAUGACAAGUUUGUUGUCGAGUAUGAAAAAAUAAUGGCUGAUGAGGAGGGAAGAAAGGGCCUCCAAGAAACUGUUGAGCGUUUCCAGCUCCGUCCAAUUCCUCUGGAGGAGAUCAGCCAGGACAUCCAAUAUGGUGAUGAAGUUGAGGCUUAUCACAACGACGGAUGGUGGGAGGGUAUUUUCUCCGGAUCACUAGAGGAUGGUAGGAAGGUCGUGUGUUUCAGAAAUUCGACACAAGUGUAUCCCGACAAAGAAGUGAGGCGGCACCAUGAGUGGGUCAAUGGAAUUUGGAUCCCACCAUUUCCACAACAGGCUGAAAGUGAAAUCAAGAAAAGGGUGAGGGUGAAGGCUUCUGAACUUGUGACUGGAGACAACGUUGAUUUCAUGUUCAAGCCAGGGACAUUGGUUGAGGUAUGCAGUGACGAAGAUGGUUUAAAAGGAGUUUGGUUUUCUGCAACCCUUGUUGAGGCUAAGGCGGGAUGGAAGUUUGUUGUCGAGUACGAGAGCCUGCUCGAUGAUGAUUAUUCAAAGCUUUUGAGAGAGGAAAUCAGUCUGUUUCAGAUUAGGCCUCGUCCACCCAAAACUGAUGAUGUUGAACAGUUUAAGUUUUUUGAUGAAGUAGAUGCAUACUACCGAGACGGUUGGUGGGUUGGGGUUGUUUCUAAAGUUCUCGAAGACUCCAAAUAUAUUGUUUAUUUCAGGAGCUCCAAUGAAGAAAUGGAGUUUCAACAUUCCCAGUUGAGGCUGCAUCAGGAUUGGGUGGAUCAUAAAUGGGUAAUGGCUUCUAAGGUAUGA